CCUUAGUCAAACAUGGCGCAGGAGUAUCAAUACUUUUACGAAGAUGAAGUCUACAGAUUUAACAAAAAGGGGAAGCUCGAACUUGGAAUGGUACUUGAAAAUGCCGAGUUUGUGUCUAGUGAUGAGGAAUUUGAUGUGGACGAAGAAGAUAAGGUAACGAAGGGCAGCAUUAGGGUGGCAUGGUACCCUAAGGGAGAGGAGCAAGUUCUUCAGGAGCGAAAGGUUGGGCUGGCAGACAGAUCUCUCAUGCCAGGUGAUGUUGUAAGGCGCCUGAUAAGAGGAAAAGACACGCAGCGAGGGUACUGUCGCCAGGUUCACGUGACCUCCAGUGUACAGAUCGUUGGCACAAAACUUGUGAUAUUGAAUGUUGACAGCAAUGACCUUACGCCUCUGGAGGAAUUCACAACAGAUAUUGCAGUGGCACUGGACUCCUGGGUGGGGAUGGUGCACAUGGUCAAGUGCCGUCUGGUGAUGCUGUGCGCUGACGGAUCGAGAUGUGUCAUGUCAGACAGUGAGGCCUUAGAACUGGACGAUAUGAGGGAUUCCCGAGACAGGGACUCGGAGUUCAGGCGCUACGACUUCUAUCCAGGACAGCAGCUAGUGGGCUGCGCAAGGGCCUUCGAAGGGGUGGAAUGGAUAUAUCGGACUCGUGAAAUGGAGGUCGCAUUAUCUAAACCCCACAAAUCGAUUAAGGUUACUGUGGAACAAGUACAGGUUGUGCAGCUUGGUGUCCGUUGGCAGUGUCGUGCAUUUUCUAAUGACCCUAAUGUAGACAAGGAGCAACCAAAGUAUUUAGUUCAGGGCGAGGACCUGAAGAGGGUGAAGAUGUUGAACGUGUUCGAACCAUGCACACUGCAGCUUGGUGACCGCAACUAUUAUGUCUCGAAGGAAGGGGAUGUGAUCAUGACACGUGACCAGUGGAGGAAGCUCAUGGCAGCACAGUUAACGGCGGACCACACCAAUCCCUGUCCCUUGAGGCCUCGACCAGCCAAGAAUAAGUCAAAAAGGAAACACCGCUCAGGUUUAACAGGAGAAGUUGAGCAGAAUGCAGAUGCCCCUGGUGCUCCUACAUCAGUAGGCGGUAUUAAAGACACUGACGGCUCGCCUGUGGAAGGUGCUCUAGGUGCUGAAGGAGGGCUACCUGCGGAUGAUGAUACCAAAGACUAUAAUGCUGAUAGUGAUGGAUAUAUUGAUGUAGAUACAGAUGAAUUCUCUGACACAGCUUCAAUUAGUAGUGGGGCAUCAACAGGAUCUGUAGGGAGGCGAAACAAAAAGGGACCGGCAUUGAUGACAAAAAUGAUGAAAAAGCGCAAGUUGAAGAGGGCAAAAAGGAAGACCACCAAUGAGGGACCAGCAAUUAAGACUGGAGAUCAGUUGGUUGUAGAAACUCUCAUGACAACAUCUAAAGCAGAUGUUGUGUGGCAGGAUGGAUCACUGGAGAAGCGUAUUUUGUCAACAGUCCUUUAUCCAAUUCAUCAUUUGGACGACCAGGAAUUCUUUCCGGGUGACUUUGUGGUGGAGCAGGACUCAGUCGAUCCACAUGAGUAUGGCGUUGUGCAAAGGGUUGAUCAUGCUGGGAGGACAUCCAUUGUGAAGUGGUUUAGAACCUACACAGCUGGAAACGAACCACAGCCAGAAAUGUUACGUGAACAGGAAGUGAGUGUGUAUGAUUUGCGUGACCAUCCGGAUUUCCGCUACCGUCCAGGCUCUGUAGUUAUAAGAGUGGCCAAUUUUGAAGAGUGUCAGACCUGUUCUACAGGGCAAGUUUUAGAUAACUUUCCAUCCGGAGAAGUGAGUGUUUGGUGGGUAGAUGGGAGGACAUCAGUAUGUUACCCUCAAGAUCUGUACAAAGUGGGUGAGUACGACUCAGAUGAUGGAGAACUUUGGGAUGACACAGCCUCAGAUGAGUCGUGGGAGACAGAAAGUGAACAUUCUGUGAUUGCAGAGGAGAGUGAAAGUGAAAGUGAGGGAGUACUUAAAACAAGACUUGUAGCAAACAUUGAAAAAGCUCGUAUAGCUAUGAGUCGUCUAGAAGAAAUUUUUACGCAGAAUCCUGCUCUUCAGACCACAGCAGUAAUGAAACAACUUUUAGAUUGUUACAAAGAAUGCAGGUAUAUGGAUAAGCUGAUGGGCACGAGCUUCUUCCAUGAAAGCAAUUUCCAGGGACUCAUAGAAAAGGUUCGUGAGCGUGGCAGAGCAUCAACAACUCAGCGCAUGACAGAGCAAAUAAACCGUCUCUUCUCGGCCUCAGACUCGGAAGGUCCCCUCACUCCAAUCAUGAAUUGUGGAGAGGGGAGCAAAGCUGUCACAGGGAAUUUUGACAGUGCUAAAGAAGACAUGUCCAAGCCAAAUAAGGAUAAUCUGUGCAAUAAGGAUGACAGCGACAUCCUUUCCUCCAAAGAUGCCAUCCUCAGCAGCUCGGCCACAUUGUCGGAGAAUUUGGCUAAUCUCAGCUUCUCUCAGGGAAGAACCAGUAAAUCUGAGAAGGUUCUAGAUGGGGGACGAAAUAGGGGAGGAGAGCUACGACAUAAGAGAAUGAGCGAAACUGAUAUGACUCUUCACGAGAAAGUCUCUUCGGAUGCGCGUAUGAAAGAUUCCAAAAGUUGUAAUGAUCUGAAGGUGUCCUCAUCAGAAGUCAUCAGCGGGGUAACAGAAGAGAUCCGCACGUCUCACAUGUGUGCUCAGCUGUGCUCUCUCAUGAAGGCUCAGCUGCUCAAAACCUACGAGGAGGUCGUGUUCCGCUUUGGAGGCCACUUUGACAUGAGUCUCAUGCAAGCUUGUCAGGAUUCUGAGGGUGCACAUGGGGAAACCAAGGAUAUCCUGCAGGAUGAUAACAAAGAGAACAUUCCAGUGUUUAUCGCAGAAGACAUAGUUAAUGAAAAUACAACUACCAUUGCACUUAGUCAGGUUGUUCAUCAAACUGUGAUUCCAGUGGAGAAAAAGGAGGAAAACUAUGAAAGCCUUGAUGACAAACAGGCUCUUGAUGUCAGUGCAACUAAUAACGCCUCUCUUCUGCCGUCUCCUGUGGUGACCGAUGACAUGAUCACCUCCAAUGGGAACAGCGGAGAGACGACUGACAAAAAUACCUUCUCUGAUGACGCAGAUUCCAUUAUUGCAAAUGCUGUUGCAGCAGUCAACGGAGAAGUUGGGUCAGCAUUUACAAGUGGAUCUGAUUGCUUGUCGAGUCCUUCUGAAGGCAGUGGACAGGCAGUAGGAAACUCCGAACCCAGCACUGAGCCUGAUGGUUUUGAAGUUUUGGAAGCAGCUCCAGACAGUCACAAGUUUAAGCUGACAAUGUUCCAGCCAACCGACCCACCUCACUUCUACAGGACAGUGCGCAAGGAAAUGAAACUGUUGAAGACCUCCCUCCCUCUAGGGAUCUGGGUCAGAGGUUAUGAAGACCGUAUGGAUCUAUAUUCCGUUAUGAUCCGAGGACCAGAGCGCACGCCCUAUGAAGAUGGCCUCUUCUUCUUUGACUUCCAGUUGUCAGCAGACUACCCACGUGCACCACCUCUCUGUCACUAUGUUACUUACUGCUCUGACAAACUAAAUCCGAACCUUUAUGAAGAUGGCAAGGUGUGUGUGUCAUUGCUUGGUACAUGGAAUGGAAAAGGCACAGAGGUGUGGACUAGUCAGAGUAACCUUCUGCAGGUCAUCAUAUCCAUUCAAGGGUUGAUCCUGGUAAGUGAGCCAUAUUUCAAUGAGGCCGGCUACGAGCGACAGAAAGGUACCCAGCAAGGGAGGGAGAACUCUCGAAUGUACAACGAAAUGGUGGUGCUAAAGCUUAUACAAGCCAUGGCGAAGGUUAUACAAGCACCUCCUGACAUCUUUAAAAAGGAGAUUAUUCAACACUUCCAUAAGAGGGCUUUUAAAUUGGUGCAGAGACUUGAAUGCUGGCUAGAAAUAUCAGAAAACCACAAUGCUUCACAUCCAUUAUCUCCCACAACCCCAACAACUUUCAGGGAGAUAUAUCCAUCAGAUGCUGGUGUUGAAUUGCCAGAAUUUCCACUGAUUCCAGCUUCCAAAGGGUUCUGCAUCACCCUACGCAAGACACUUAAACAAUUUAAAUCCAUCCUUGAGUCUGUUGGCGUGUCGACAGACCAGAAACUCCAGGCCCGUGAGUUAGACAGCAACUUACCCAAGACUGCCGUUAGCUCCUCCAGCGUUGAGACGAAAGUUGCUAAAGCCACGUAUGUCGAGACGGAAAAGGAAAAAGUUGUCGGUGGUAACUCGUAGCUAUUGUCCAAUUUUAGCUUAUUUAUCCCUGUUAUUACUAGUGUAUUUAUCAAUGUUAAUAAUCAGUGCCUGUGUGGAUUGUGGUGUUCGUUAAGUUUUGCAAAUUGUGGACAUUAUAAGAUCGUAGUCUCCUCCGAUACAAAUUUAGAUCAUUUUCCUUUCUGCAAUGAAGCCAAGAGGAGAUGAUAUUUUGCCCUCCCUGUGACUUUGUUUCGUUAUUCUCAAGAUUUCUUUUGAUAAGUACGUAAAUAAAGACGCUUGUGUUGGUGCACCAUUUUCGAUAAAUCUGUUUAUGGUCUUUCAUAUUUUCCAGUUUUUAUGCAUUUUGAAAAUAGAUUGUUGAUAUUGAUACAGUAUACAAUUUCACUCAAGCUUUUCCAGCAUUAUCUUUACUGAAAAAGAAAAUGGAGAUAACAAAUAAUGGCAAAAAUGGGAAAUGAUACACCAUCAUUAAAUAUUUUUUGUAUUUUUUUUUUCUUUUUAUUAUAAUUUCAAUAAAUUCUUUCAGUUUUUAUGACUGACUUACAAGAAAUUAAAGGAAUCUCUUUAUUAGUCUUAUGAUAUUAGCAAGUAUACCUUUUGUGUCAUAUGGCUAAGAUUGAUGGUUUUGUCGCAUCAGAUAUAAGUCAGUUUCCGAAGCUGAUUUUCUUUACAAUUUUAAAGUGGUUGCCUAACCUUAGGUUUUCUAACCGAAACUGAGAUUAAAACUAUUUAUUUGCGUGAUCAGAACAACAUAGGCUUUUUGAAUUUGACUGUUUUAGGAAUAUUGUUAUGCUAUUUUUCAAUGAUCUAUAGUAAUUUUUGGUUGUGAUAUUGUUUUUAACAGUAUUAUAGAAAAGAAAAAAAAAAUAUCAUGCACUCUAGCUGAUUUCUCAUCAUGAUCAGUGCUAAUCGAAUUCAGUUUCUGUAGAAAGAGAGCGAGAGAUAUGGCGAGCUGACUUUUUGAAUGCACUAUUUUUUGUUUUUUUGUUUGUUUGCGUAUUUUUGUUAUUCAUACGCUGCCUUCGUACCUGCUGGAGAGGUCUUGGUGGCAUAAUUGGUCAAUCACAGGUAUCAAGUCGCAGAUAACUUGUGUUUUGUGGUUGUCGGGAAUCUUUUCUGGAGGUUUGUUUAUUAAUCUUGUGUAUUUUUUAUCGUAUCAGUCAUUAUUAUUUUCCUUUAGGGUUGGGGGGUGUCUUUUCUGAUGUGAUUAUUGCUAUUAUCACUUUUUUUUUUUUGGUAUAAGAAAUGUAGAAUUUGAUAAUUUGAUUGACAUUUAUUGCAUUUACUUAUUUUUUUUCUUGAACCAUUUUACAGGAAGCUAUUUGUUAUGGAGAUUAUGAAGUUUGGUAAUGGUUAAACUGUCAGAACUGCAAAUAGUCUCUUUUUUUUUGGUUUCACUUAAAUCUGGUUUAUAUUGGAAUAGUAUUGGAAGUGAACAUUGGUAAGAUAUGUAUAUGGAUUUAUGAAUCUUAUUGAUUCCUGUUGGAAAAUUGUUAUAAAAAGGAAUUAAGGCUAAUAUUAAAUUAUUUUGUUGCUAAUUGUGUCUGAUUGUGAUAUUCUAAUACUCUCUUUCCUUUCCACAUAUUGGUAUAGAUACUGUUUAUUAGAUUUAUUUAGUUUAAAUUCUAUGGAAAAUAUACAUUCAGCAUAUGGAUAAGUUAAGAUCACAUUCUGAUAUGAUUUUAUAUAAAAAAAAAAAAACUCGCAAAUCUGGAACUUCAUUGUGACCUUAUAAAUAUUUAUAAAUAAAUUAAUGACCCAUGCUGUGGUUACUACAUAGCCUCCCCCAUCCCUACCAGUACCUCGUGAUUGAGCAGUAAUGAUUAUUACUUUCAACCAGCACAUCUGAAGGUAAUUACAAAUGCAUUUCUAGUACUGAUGUAGAAAUCUCAAAUGACAGUAAUGGUAAUGUCUUUUAUCACCAGUUGUCAAGGAAUGCCUGUCGUCGCCAGUCGUCAAAAAGGCUGUAAGUGCUACAGUUGCUGGUGUCUGUUUAGUCCAUUUUGGUUUAAUGGUUUCUCCUUGGUUAUCAGUCAAGUUUAAGUCUGAUGUUAGUUGAGGUUCUGGCAAAGUCUUAUGCCGUGGUGUAUUGGAUACUCUCUCUUGGUGCUUCCUAGCUUGAUGUAGUGUAGUUGCUGAACUCCGUUUUGAUUUUAAAAUGCUUCUUUUGUGAGAUACAUUAUCUCCCUUUUUUUGUUGUGGUGUUGGUGCUACUGUUGGGACUUGGCUUUCCUGCAAAUUGGGAAGGAUAGUUGAAAAAUUGGGGUUUAGGAUUCUUGGCUGAAUAGAUUUGGUUACAUGGCAAUUUCAAGAAAUGCCUUUUAGUGUCACACACACGUUUUAUGUUGAUACUUCUUGAAAUAGACAAGAAUAUAACCAUAUGCUUUCAAAGACUUGUAUACAGAUAUGCAUCUAUGCAAAAAAAAAAAAAAAAAAAA